AAAUCGUUUCUGAAUCAUACUGUCAAUCUGUUCUAGAUGGAACCUUCCAAAAAGAUGUUUUAGGUGGUGGUGGCGUGUACGCGACAUAUGGAACGGUUCCGGCGGAUCUACCAAGUUCUUAUUUGAAUGCCAAAAUUUUUCAUUUUAUUUGUUCAUCAAUUUGGGCCUCGCAACAUGUCACAGAUAUUCUAAGAUUACGUGACAAACGAUUGCCACCACCUAUUUUUGUUUGGGAGCCUAUACCUGAGAGCGCUUCAAAGGAAAAUAUUCAAUCAUGUAUUGAAGCAAUGAAAAUGGUGGAUGUUGUGUCACCUAAUCACGAAGAAGCGGCUGCAUUAUUGGGUUUAAUCGCUGAAGAUGAAGAUGAGGAUGAAAAAUUUUUGGCAGAAGAAAUGUUAAUAUGCAUGGCUGAUAAAUUCUUAAAAUAUCAGAUUGGCCCACAUGGGAAUGGGUGUGUAGUUAUUCGAGCAUCUUACAAAGAAAUAAUACCUGCAUAUUGGACAGCAUUAAAAGAUGGGAAUAGAAAUCCACAUGUUGUAGAUGUAACCGGUGCUGGAAAUGCAUUUUGUGGUGGUUUUAUGGUCGGUUUAUUAAGGUCAAAUUUUGAUGUAUUUGAAGCUGCACUUUAUGGAUCAGUAAGCGCAUCAUUUACUGUAGAGCAACUUGGUACUCCUCGACUUGGCUUUGAUGAACGAGGUAAUGAAAUAUGGAAUUCAGGCGAUAGUCCGUCGGUAAGAUUGCAGAAAUUGAGAUUAAGAGUCAAGGAAAAACUCAAAGAGGUUUUAAAGGUGAAGCUAAAAGAAAGGAUACAUAUGAAAAAAAUGCAGAUUAAUGAUCACAACGGAAUCAAUACCACUGGUAGUAACGUGAAAGACGUAAAGGAUGGGGCGGACAAUGGUGAUGAAAAUUUGAAUAUUAACCCAAAUGUUUGUUUAAAAAAAAAGGAAAAAGAAAUAAAAAUCGGUUAUCCUCUCCUUAUUCUAAAGGCACCUGAUAACGCACCAACUAAUCUCUUUCGUCCCUCCCCACUUCCGUGCAUUGUACCCGCUACCACGGCAUCCACAACCACCCAAAUAAAUACUAUUACUCCUAAAAAAUAUACAACUAACAUAAAAAAGAAAGGUACAAAGUCACCAAAUACUUUUGAGACUUCAGCAUUAGAGAACCAAGCCACCCGUGCCAUUAUUUGUGAACGUGUUAUUACUCGGCCAAAUGGUGACGGAAGGUAUGCAAAAUUUGUUGUAAAUGAAAGACCGCUCGAUCCACGAUCAGAGACAAGUGUCAAUGGCAAAAGAUCUGAUGAUUCUCGAUGA